UGGGACCAGCUCACCCUGGUCAGCAGAGCCUUCUGACUUCCCAGUCAACAUGAGGGCUCUCCUUAUUCUGGGGCUUCUCUUCCUUUCUGGCACUGUCCAUGGCAAGGUCUUUGAAAGGUGCGAGUUGGCCCGAACUCUGAAGCGACAUGGACUGGGUGGCUACAGAGGAAUCAGCCUGGCAAACUGGGUGUGUUUGGCCAAACAUGAGAGUAAUUACAACACCCGAGCCACAAACUAUAAUCCUCCAGACAAAAGCACUGAUUAUGGGAUUUUUCAGAUCAAUAGCCGCUACUGGUGUAAUGAUGGCAAAACCCCAAGAGCAGUUAAUGCCUGUGGCAUAUCUUGCAAAGCUUUGCUGCAAGAUGAUAUCACUCAAGCUAUAGCUUGUGCAAAGAGAGUCGUCAGGGAUCCACAAGGCAUUAAAGCAUGGGUGGCGUGGAGAAACCAUUGUCAGAACCGCGAUCUCACUCAGUACGUUCGAGGCUGUGGGGUUUAACUGUGGAGUUUUCGUUCUUCAGUUCGCUUUUCCUCUUUCUCAUAUUAAGGGAGUAGUAAAUAAGUGAAAGGUCACACUACUUUUCUUUCCCAUUCAAACAAGGAAAUUUUUUUACAGAAACUAAACCGAGCAGGAGCAAAAUAUGGCCUUUUUCCUAAGGCUUAGUGGUUAAUAACGUGUGUACUUCUUGAUAUUACACCUACAACAUUUUUUAGUUUGCGUAAAAGAACUAAUGCUGGUAGAAAUGAAUCUAAAGUCUUGGUUCACAAAUACAUCUCUGAUAUAUUCAGUUUGUAAUCAAAGAAAUAACCCCGACUCAAACUGGAUAAUACAGUUAGUCCACAAUAUUAGAUAAAAAUGUAAUAGAAGACUCUCUCAAAAUAAACUGAUCUCAGGCAGAAUCCCAACUGCGUAGGCAUACAAUGCCUCCAACUGUUCAGUCAUCUCCAAAUGAGACGGCCACUCUUUGUUGGACAAUCUCAAAUUUAAAAAGGUACAGAACGCCAAAUGGCUAAAGUGGAGAUUGCCUGAAUGAAUAAUUUUGUUUUCAUGAAGUGUGUGACCUUUGGUUGAAAUUUUUUCUGAAAAAUAUUGUUUUUAUGCAGCUUUACAAAUAGACUCACAAUUUCAAUCUGUUUUAGUCCUUUAAAAACCUGUCCUAUCUUGAGCUGUAAACUUCCACUUAAAGCACAAUAAAAAAAAAAGUUAAUUAAAAACUGUCACAUGCAUCUUGCUGAUUACGAAGGAAACACAAGGAAAGAUUAGAUAAGCUGUUGCUAUUCUUUAAUUUUAUUAAUGUAGAUUCAUGCCUGAAAACUAAAUCCAGAAGGCAGAUGUGUUUGCAAGUAUUGAAAUGCUAAUGAACAACAGCUAUGAAAUUAUGCACAUUGUAAAAAAAAAUGUAAACAUGGUUAUUAAAGGCCUUGCAACUCACACCUUUGUCUGUUUA